AUGUCCCAUAAGAAAUCGCAGCUUUGUUGCAGAGCCAAUGUUUAUACUCAAGUGCCUGACGGUGGAUGGGGCUGGGUGGUGGCCGUUUCUUUCUUCUUCGUGGAAGUCUUCACCUACGGCAUCAUCAAGUCGUUCGGCGUCUUCUUCAGUGACUUAAUGGACAGUUUCAGUGAGUCCAACAGCAGGAUCUCGUGGGUCGUCUCCAUCUGCGUGUUCGUCCUGACGUUCACAGCCCCCGUCUCCACGGUCCUGAGCAGCCGGUUUGGACACCGCCUGGUGGUGAUGCUGGGCGGCCUGCUGGUCAGCGCGGGCAUGGUGACGGCCGCCUUCUCGCAGAAGGUCUACCACAUGUACAUCGCCAUUGGCGUCGUCUCUGGCCUGGGGUUCUGCUUCAGCUUUCUGCCGACUGUCACCAUCCUGUCUCAGUACUUUGACAAGAGGCGCUCCGUGGUCACGGCAGUUGCUUCUACGGGAGAAUGUUUCGCUAUGUUUGCCUUUGCACCAGCCAUCACAGCCCUGAAGGAGGCCGUCGGCUGGAGGUACAGCAUGCUCUUCGUGGGGCUCCUGCAACUGAACCUCGUGGUCUGCGGCGCGCUGCUCAGACCCAUCGUCAUCGUCGGCACGCCGGGGACCCCCAAGGCCCCCGCCCCCGAGCACCGGAAGGAAGCGCAGCACAUGCUGGAGAGCGAGAAGACCCGCACCUCCACCGACUCCAUCGACUCCGGAGUGGAGCUCACCACCUCGCCUAAGAGCGCGCCCGGCCGCCCGGCCGGCGCGGCGGAGCCCGCGGCCGGGGUGCCUGCGCGCGGCCGGCCCGGCGCCCCGCUGCUCGACUUCUCCGUGCUGGCCGAGAGGAGCUUCGUCUGCUACACGCUCUUCGGGCUCUUCGUGACCCUGGGCUUCUUCGCCCCAUCGCUGUACGUCAUCCCGCUGGGGCUCAGCCUCGGCCUGGACCGCGACCGCGCGGCCCUGCUGCUCUGCGCCAUGGCCGUGGCGGAGGUGUGCGGCCGCGUCGGGGCGGGGCUGGUCCUCAACCGGGAGCCCAUCCGCAAGGUCUACAUCGAGCUCGUCUGCGUCAUCCUGCUGGCCCUGUCCCUGCUCACCUUCACGUUCGCCGCGGGCUUCUGGGGUCUCCUGGCCUGCAGCGUCUUCUCGGGGGCCAUGAUCGGGGCCGUGGCGGGCACCCACAUCCCGCUGCUCGCCGAGGACGACGUCGUGGGCGUCCAGAAGAUGUCGUCGGCCGCCGGAGUCUACGUCUUCUUCCAGAGCAUCUCGGGGCUGGCCGGACCCCCCCUCGCAGGUCUGCUGGUGGACCAGAGCAGGACCUACAGCAGGGCCUUCUACUCCUGCGCGGCCGGGAUGCUGCUGGCCGCCGCCUGCCUCGCCCUCGUGAGACCCUGCAAGCGGGGGCUGUGCCGCCGGCCCCGAGCCCAGGAGGGCACGGCCGAGGGGCCCCGCGGGAAAGUGUUGCAGGACAUCCCUGAAGACUUUCUGGAGAUGGACCUGGGAAAGACGGAGCACAGAGCCCCUGUGGGGACGGAGCCCGUCUGA